CGGCGGUGGGAGGGCGCUGCGGGGCUGCCUGGGGCGCGUCGGCGGCCGCGCUCCGACUGCGCUGGGGCCGCGCUGCGGCGAGUUUGUGCCAGCUCCUCCGUCCCCUCCGGCUGAAUCUCUUCCUCUGAAGCUGUCCCCAGCGUGUGGAGCCUGCCCCACACCCGCCACCUGCCAAACCACGGCCUUUACCUGUGUCUUCCGGUGUUUCCCGUGCGACCCGUCCUGCGGCAGCGCCUCCUGGGCCACCCCGGAGUUCACGCAGCGCUCGGUGGCUCCAAUGGUGAAGAUGACAAGGUCCAAGACUUUCCAGGCGUAUCUGCCUUCGUGCCACAGGACCUACAGCUGCAUUCACUGCAGGGCUCAUCUGGCUAACCACGAUGAACUCAUUUCCAAGUCCUUCCAAGGAAGCCAAGGACGAGCGUACCUCUUCAAUUCAGUAGUUAACGUGGGCUGUGGCCCCGCAGAGGAGCGGGUGUUAUUAACAGGAUUACAUGCGGUUGCAGACAUUUACUGUGAAAACUGCAAAACCACACUGGGUUGGAAAUAUGAACACGCUUUUGAAAGCAGCCAGAAGUAUAAAGAAGGCAAAUACAUCAUUGAACUAGCUCACAUGAUCAAGGAUAACGGCUGGGAUUGAGUGGGAAGAGCCCAGCCCUACCAGCGUGUAAGAGAAUGCCAUCCAACCGAACAUUAUAUCCAAGAGUGAGAGAGUGACUGAACGCUUGGUUCCAUGCAUUUAGAGGCUCUGCAAUCUGGGAGCAUCUUCACACCCUUCUCCAUCUUUAUUGGUGACUGGCCUCUAAAUUUCUGUCUCUCUGUCUCUUUGCUUUGUAUCUGUUUGUGAGUUGACCCUGGCUGCUUCUCUCUCUGUUCUGGCGUUGGCUAAGAGAAUGCACCGAAUGCCCGACAGCCAUUCCAUGUUGACGAAUGCUUACGUACAAACUGAAGUUGGCUCUGUGGUGGCAAGCUAGCAGCAGGUCUCGGUGCGGGAGGAAGACCUGAGUUUUGGGCAGGAGAAAGUGAUAGGGGGUGGGGAGUGGGCCCGCAGGGAAGUCAUCGGAAGUGAAGCUGUAACUUCUCCUUUAAGUCCUGGUUAACCAAGGCUUGAAACUAUCUACUUGUCUAAAUGGACAGAAAAAUACCUCACGGCUGCGUUCUCUCCGAAUCGUAAAACCGCUGCUCCGCCGAGGGAGCUUUGGUCUAAGCCGGCUGAGCACAAGUCCUGACGAGUUCCCCUCUGCAGGCUAGUUGUGGAUCUGUGUUUUGUUUGCUGUUCAUGAACUUGUUGUUGGGGGGAGGAAGGCUGGAGAGAUUCCCCGCCUCUCCUUUUCCUCUCUGUUGCAGAGGAGGUGGGCCGAACAUCCCAACAGAGCACGGCUGUGGGAGCACCCUCACAGCUGGAGAAACCAAAUCCUGACUCUUGAGCCCUUCAGAGAGGAGGAGAAAACCACUUAAGGCAUAGGGAGGCUGGAACUGCAGCUUAGAAGAUACAACAAAAGAAAAAAGGCGCAUGCUAGGCAAGAAAGAAGAAAUUAGGUAGGGGAGGAUGAGGGCAAAUGUAGUAACACAGGGUACCCCUUGACUUCUGAGCCUCCGCUGAACCUCCUCGGAGGUCUUUUACCAGUGGUUCACAAACGCAGGUAGGAAAAUGCUGCUAUGAGUAUCUUCUUCUUAAAUCCCAGGCCCCAGCCAUCGGCUCUGCUCUUGGAGCCUGUCAGAGAAAUGAUGUGAGAGUGGAGAGAGGAGGGAGCAGAGGACCCUGACAGUUGUAGCAGUAUUGCACAGGUGGAUAUUUCAAGCCAUGAGGUAUCCCCCCCGAACCUUCCCCCCUUUUCCCACUCCCAGAAGCCUGUUGGAGGUACAGGGGAGAUGGGAAAGAAAAAAGAAAUUAAAUAUCUGCCCCAUGCCCCUGGAGUUGUCUGUGCUGUGGAGUUUAAAUGGGAGGGGUGGAUGUGGACAUGGUAACUGCAAGGGACGAGCCCUUCCUGUUUUAAUUUUUUCCUAUUAAUUAGUGUGGACCUUCCCGAGGUGGCUGGUGGGGAAGGAGCAUCGUGUGCGAGAGGGGAGCUGCGUUAGGCAUAAAAGACAAUGUGAAGUUUGCUUUGCAACAGUCCAGCCAGUAUCUGGUGCAUAACUCAAGACUAUUUAACUGAAUUAGUUUUAUCUUUCUGAGUGAAUUUCCUUUUUGUUUGUGGAAUUCUUUCAAGUAGGUUAAUCCACUGGGGGGAAAUCUUUCUUAAUCCAGAAGGAAAGAGUAUUGUGCAGGGGUUUGUAACUCCUUACGAAACCGAAGCUUUGACGUUGUAAUCUCCUGUCGCUUGCCCCCACCCCCAAGAUCUCUGAGCCGGGGAUCAGGGCGGAGGGGCUGGCCACAAAAUAAUUUGCUGUUAAACGAAGGGGAUGUGAGCAGAGAUGCUGCUUCGGAUCGGGAUAGACUUCACACGUUGGAUCCUUGUGCUGAAGCCCAAACCCGA